AGGUACGGUUUCGACGUAUUGGACGGAGGGAAGGGCCGUCUAAGAAGCGGACGCAGCAGCAUGGCGUGCGGGAGACGCCCGGGUGUUGGCGUCGGAGUGGUAAUUACUAGUUCCGCCCAUCCCGGCUGCGUCCUUCUUGGCAAGCGGAAAAGCAACGUCGGUGCCGGCACCUUUCAGCUCCCCGGAGGACACUUGGAGUUUGGUGAAAGCUUGGCAGAAUGUGCAGAAAGAGAGACCUUGGAAGAAACAGCCCUACACCUAGCAUAUGUCCAUUUUGCAUCAACUGUAAAUGCUAUUAGUCUGAAGGAUCAUUACCACUAUGUCACUAUCUUAAUGAAAGGAGAAGUGGAUAUGAAUUAUGAAUCUGAACCAAGGAAUCUGGAACCUGAUAAAAAUGAAAGCUGGGAAUGGGUCAAAUGGGAAGAGUUUCCUUCGGCAGAUCAACUGUUCUGGGGUUUACGCUGCUUAAAAGAGCAAGGCUACAAUCCUUUCACAGAAGAAUUAAAUCACCUCAUGGGAUACACUGGAAAUCACUUAAAAAGAGAGUGCUAAAUUUACUGUGUAGGAAAUGUUUGUUUUCACAGGGACUUAUUUUUGUAAAAUAAAGAACUCUAUUCUACCCCUGUGGGCAAGCAGGGAUGGGGGGAGUAAGCAUAUUCUACCCCUACCCUACAUAGAAGUACACAGGCCUGGCACUAAACAUGUCACCCAAAAUGCAGCAUUUUGACAAACGUUAGUCCUAUAGCAAGGAAGAUUGAUACAAUACGUGUACAUAUAAUACAUGUAUAGCAAUUAGUGCAUGUUCAGUUGCAUUUAAACAAGUGUGCUAGGGGAUGCAGUGGGGCAGGGUAAUUGCUUUGUCUUCUCAUAGUAAAGGCAUUGUUCUUCCAUACCAUGUGUGUUACUGCACGGUUUGUUUUUAAAAUGUUCUGGGUUUAUUUGGGUGCAUUAUGCUGUAUGUUUCAUAUUGUGGCUUUCUCACCUGAACUGCUUUUCUGGCCCCAAGUGGGAGAGGUACUAUCAAAAAGAACAGGAAAGAGUUGAUAAGACCAAUACAACUAUUGUUCUGCAAAGCAAGUGAAAGCAAUUCAUCUCUGAUUUUAGGGCGGUGCAUGCACAUGGCAGAAUCCUACCAAUUUGUUUUUAGACAGCUGGGGGUGGGUAACCUAUUUUUCACCAAGCCAGCUAGGAAAACAUUCUAAAAUAACAUUUUAUUUUUUUUAAAAGCCCCAUUUUUGUCCCCAUUUCAGCUGUUCUGAAGCUGUAUAAAGGUGGAGGAUGCUUAAAGUCCAGGCAUAAUAAGGAAGCAAACGAGAAUUCUGGUGGGAGAAUGGGGUGGCUUCAGGAGGUAUCAGGGACUACAUGAAAAAAGGUUGGCCCUCAGCCACCUACGUUUCAAGAUGUGGUAGGAAAGUGCCAGCUCACAGGCUAUUUGCAGCCUGUGGGGCCUCCCGCUCUAGCCUACAGCUUCUUUGCCCCUCCUGCCCAGCACCAUAAUUACUGAAUUGAAGCCAAUAGCUUAUUUCAGGACUACAUGCGGCAUGAACUGUGGAGGGAUUCAGACACCACUUGGCUCCCAUUUCUAGUGGCUGCCUCCAUCUUCCUGCCUGCUGCUUUCCCCUCGGCCUUUUCAAUUGUUCUGAGUCUACAUGAAGGGCCAAAGGGGGGCCUUUGGGGUGAGGUGACCUGCAAAAUGCCUGCACCAUCACUGCAGCUUUUUUAAAAUUAAGUUUACAUUCUCUUAGACACCUCACUCAGUUCUAAACGAAGACCCUCCUUUGAUCUUUUCUCAGAGCCUGCCCCCCCCCAAAAAAGAAAGUAGGAGAAUGGCACUGCUGCCACUACGACAAAGAUGGGGACAGGGCACAGAGGGAGGGGGGGUCAGGGCAGCUGUGGCACUGGGGACCUCUGAAGUCUAGUGCUGGCCCUGUAUGAGUGUGGGGUGUGAGGAAGCACUGAGGGCCCUGUUCCCUGCUGGCCUGCAGUUCCUGGAAGUUUGGCUGCAAGGGAAUCUAAGCCUCAGGUUGAAAAAUUCACCACCCGUUUAUAAAGGGUUGCCAUAGUACAGUUCCUGGAACCUGCAGUCUUGAUUUGCAUAUCCUGUACAUUAAGCGGUGGGUUGCACCCUCCCUGACAAUGAACAGCCACACAGAUUUUUUUGUACUUUUUGCCAGCAACAUGUUAUUGAAUUUGUAUUGGCUGCCCCGGGCAGGGAUAUCUCCAAUGGUAGCUUCCGCCCAUCCAUUGCUUGGGGCAGGUGCACUCCUCACCAGCUGGGCUCCUCUGCCUUAUCCAAACCCGUUCCAGUACUGCAGACUUGCUGUAAAGGGAUUUAGCUUGCUGUAAAUCUAGUAAACUAACUCUCAGCUCAAUAUACUCUUAAUGUUGUAUCCAAGGGUACAAUAACGGAAAGGAGCUUGUGCAACCUCUCUUUCGCCUCCAAAGCCUCCAAGGGCUUGCAGGGCCCUCUUGAAUAGUGUGGGCUGUAUUUUUCCCUUGCCGUGGUGGGAGGAGAACUCUGGUGGAAGGACAGAAUCAUCCAAAACCAGGCAAAAGCACUUUCCUUCUGCCUCUGCCUGAGCUGAGGCUAUGUCCCCUACCUCCUCCAA